AUGCUUACGAAACGAAAGAGAUUGGAAGAGGAUGAUGACAACAACAACAAUAAUGACGAGAUGGAGGACGAUAAUGACGACGACGUCGAUGAUGACGAUGAUGAAGGUGCCAAUGAGGUGAAGAUAAAGAUUAGACGACUAUACAUUGAUAAUAAUAAUAUAAAUGCUCUACAUUUGUUGAAUCAUCAGCAACAACAACAACAACAACUACAUCUACAUGAUCGACUACCUCUUUACAAUACUCAGCAACAACAACAUGGCACCACCGCUGGUACAUUCUAUCAUCAACAGCAUCAACAACAACAAAUAGAUGAUGAUGAUAAUAUGAGGAGUGAUUCUAGUGUUGUUGUUGAUGAGAAUGUAAAGAAACAGUAUCAUAUCUACAUUCAACAUCAACAGACAUUGAAUAGGGACAGUCUCUAUCAAUCAAUAUCAAACAUACACAUAUCGCCAAUGGUGUCUGAUGAUGCUCGAGCAAUCACACCGGCGACAUCGACAACUGUCGACUACAAGACAACCGAUCAAACACAACCAGGUUCACUCUACUCUGGCAUCAACAAUACUUUGAGACUGGCACAUAUAGACAGAGUUAGACAAAAGUAUGGAUUGAGGCCACUGGCUAAUCCACAACAUCAGCAACAACAACAACAUCAACAACAUCAUGGGCAGCAUUAG